CGCGCAGGCCUGGUCACUAAUUACAUGACAAUAUGGCGGCGGAAAUAGCUCAAUUCGAAUGGCAGUCCUCUUGAAAAAAAUGACAGCAAUUGAAAUUUAAUGUUUUUAUAUUUCCACAUCAUCUCAUCCUCGCUUCCAAUGAAUUCAUGGCAACUAACUCUCAUACAGAAUACUUCAUUCGUAUUAGAAAUGAAAUACAACGUUUCAACAAUUAUGCGAGACAGAACGACUUUGCUGUGACUGAUGAUGAUACUGUGGCACUGGUUGCAACAUCUGAUGUUGAAUUUUCUGGUACUUCUGCUAUAAGUUCACUCCCUCCUGAAUGGGUUGAUAAUGUUGAGGAGAUUCAAUAUGAAGUCACCAAGAUCAAACAAAAAAUGAAGCAACUAUCUACUAUGCAUGACAAACAUUUAAACAGACCUUCUUUGGAUGACUCAGCAGAUGAAGAACAAACUAUUGAAAUAACCACCAAAGAAAUAACACAGAUGUUUCAUCAAAGUCAGGCUGCCAUUCACAAAAUAAUUGCAAAAUCAAAGUCUGGUAAUCCAGAAGAAAAACGACUUGUCAAAAACGUUGUCUCAUCAUUAGCAGCAAGUCUACAGGAACUCUCUGGGAAUUUUAGAAAGAGUCAAUCAACUUAUUUAAAAAAGAUGAAAAAUCGUGAGGAAAGAGAAAGUCAAUACUUCAACAGAAAUAUUGGAUCUGUUGGUUCUUCACUUUUAGAAGAUGACAACAGUGAACUGUAUGAUACAGGUUUUUCCGCACAACAAGUGAAAUUGGUAGACGACAACACGGCGCUCAUUCAACAGCGCGAAAAAGAAAUUCAGCAUAUUGUAUCGUCGAUAGCAGAUCUAAAUCAAAUAUUUCAGGACUUAUCCUCUCUUAUUGUGGAACAGGGAACUAUAUUGGACAGAAUAGAUUACAAUGUUGAACAAGCGUCAGUUAAAGUAGAAGAGGGUCUUGAGCAGCUGAAAAAGGGGGAGAAAUAUCAGAAGAGCUCAAGAAAAAUGCUUAUUAUUAUUUUACUUGCGGUAAUCAUUGUUGUUUUAUUAAUCUCUCUUGUUGCCACAAAGAGUAAGUAGUUUUUUAUUUAUUCACUUCAUUUCAUGGCGAUGAUUGUUGCGUUCGAGUGAUGACGUCAUGUGUUACGUCAUGUAUUACGUCAUCACUGGGAAAUCGGCGAUCGACGCGAGUGAUAUAGCAACUGCUAAAUACAUACAAUGAUUAAUCAAACUUUUGACUUAAAGUGUAUUACUAGAACUAUUAAUACCAUCAACGUUUUCGGUUUAUGCGGAAGCCAAGCUUUAUUGACAACCGUUAGCGCAAAAGUUGCUGUCAAAUAUAACAGUUUUUUCAUCUAUCAAGAUAACGUAUUUCUGAGUUAUGCUCUCAAUAUAAGCUGUUUUAUAUAACGUGGACAAUGAUCCUUCGUUAAGUCCUCUCUAUUACUUUAAUAAUCCUAUACCAUUCAAUGAAUUCGUAAAUACAAAAAAAUGUGUGCUGUAAAUAGGCUAUACAAUAUACUUGUCUUGAAAAUUCUCUGUAAUAAUGAUACAUGACUAGAUACUGUCUAA